AUGAUAGUGCUUUUUAACAUGCUAAUUAAUCAGGGACCUAAUAGUCAUUUCCAUUAUCCAGGGCCACCACAAAUUCACAUUCAGUUAGAUGACCUGAAAGAUGUCUACGACAAAGUCCAAAUUAAGAAAUUACCAUGUUCUGAACAGCGUAUUGCCAAAGGAAAAGUUAAUGGAGUUGCAUGGACAGAGGGCCAAAUAAAAAGUAUUAGGGCAUUUGUUGAGCGUACUCCUGAGGCAGCAGGAAAAGUUAGUGACAGAAUUCAUGUUGGUAAGUAGAUUUCAGAAAGUGAUUCACCAGACACAUGGAGCAGACUGCACUACAGAAUACACAGUUUUGAAAAUGUUAAGGUGGCUCUCCAAAAUCAUAACAUUGCCACCUUUUUUAAUCAGUUUGAUAUUUUAAAACAGAGAGUUGCCUCAUUAUUAAUGAAGACAAUAUUUUUUAUGGCAAGUGACCAUACACCACAGUAACUAGCUAAAAGCUUUACAAAUAACAGGAGUGACCACCAUUAUUUAUUACCACUGCAGUAUUUUACAAUCCAUGCAGUUUACAGAGGCAGCUAUAAGCUGACACAUCAAUUGAAUUCAACCAUUUUAAUCCUACAUUUAACAAAUAAGCGCAAGGGUGGUGCAGGAGUCUAAAAUUGAUAAUACAUAAACUUUUAAGUGCUAUGGGAAAGCAAAGCCGAAAAUGUAACUAGUGCCCUCUGUAUACAUAUACAUAUCAGGAGUUUCAAUAAGCACCGAUGACCGACGAAACGCGUCGGCUACAUUGCUCAGAGAAGUCGGCUACUUUUUCUCUCAAAGAAGAAGCAAGUAGUUUGAAUAAUGUCAUGGAUAAAAACAGAAUCUGUUCACGUGGAAAUGUAUGUAACUUAGUAUAAUUAUCAUUUGUUCAUUGCUUGCAGGAGUUAAUUGUGUGGCCAAUAAAUCAAAAUUUGACUACAUGUACAACCCAAAUCUUCCUGAAUGGAAAACUCACUCUUUUAUACUCAUUUUAGUCCCCUGAACGCUGAAAAUCUCUUAUUAGGGCUUUGCAAUUUUAACAUAUUCUGAGGGAGAAUGCCCCCAGACACCCCUUGAAAAUGUGGACUGUUGAAACAGUUGGUUACUCUAUUCAAAGCUGCUGGCUACUUCAAUUUUUAUUGAAACCCCUGCAUAUACAGCUGUAUAUAAAAAAAAAUGAAGGAAAUUUAUUCAAAACAAUACAGUACAAGCCCUGUGAUCACAAGGGAGGUACUUACAUAAAGGUAGGCUCCAACUGUUCCCUCUCAUAAAAGUUCCAUUUUCCAAAGAUGGUACAGCUUUACUGAACAUGUACACAUAUUUAAGAACACUGCAUACCUUUUCUGAACCCUUACUUGGAUUGAAGUUUAUAAAUGAUUUUACAAGACAACAUAACGAAACCAUAGUUUGUUGGUGUUCUAAAUAUUUUAAUUAAAGGCCCUUUUAAAUGCCUAAAGGUCACAUUGCCCUCCCAUUUCACACCUCAACUACAGAAAUCCCUAACUUCAAGUCUGAAAAGGGCACAUGACCCACCACCCUCACCCCCUCCUUCCCCGGGCCUGUUUCUGUAGCCCUAAAAAAUUCAGUCGGCAUUUGAAAAUUUUAUUCCAACAGGUCCUACAGAGCUUCAAGUCAGCUAUGAGAAAUAUGAAGCUAAUGCAGUUCAUUUCUCAGUUGAUCUGGACUCUGUAUAUAAAAAACCCACAGACGAACUGGUUUACUCACUGGACAAAGUUGAGGUGGAAGAAAGGAACAGAUGGCAGAUUGCUAUCAUUGUGGAACUUAUUGAUGGUUUUGUGGGAAGAUUCACUUCAAAGGGAUUUCGCAUUAGAACAAGACCAAAGGCACCCAAACCAGAUGCCCCUGGUACAGGUUAAGUGUUUUCCAGUGAAGAACCAUGAACUAUGUCUACCUUUGCUGCAGAGCUGUACAAUUGAUUGUUUCCUAAUUCUAUUGAUAAUACAAGUCAUGAUAAGCUCAUUGUUCAGGUUGUGUAGUACAUGAACAAUGAAUUAACAUAAAAAUAACAUGGUUUCAUUUUGCAGUCCAUUGUAUUGGAGCAAGAAUAACAACUUAAAGUUAAACAGCACUUUGUUAUUCACAAUGAACUGAUCAAUGAAAAUGUUUUGUUUUUAUAAUGUAUUAUCAGUAGUUAAACUUGAUAAUCAAUUUAUUACACAUGUAUUAGCAUUUAAUGCUCUGAUAAAUUUUAGAAGAGCAUUUAAGAUUCAAGAUCAUAUUAUUUUUAACAUUAUACUAAAAUAACUACAAUUUUUUGUUAGCACCAGACGAAGUUCCAACAAAUUCAAAUAAGAGGAAAAGAAAUGAAUCAGGUAACUUUUUUAGAAAUGGCUUGUAUUAGAAUGUAUAUGUUGUAGUUAAUGUUUUAUAGAUAGCAGAUAGAGGCUGUUAGGCAUAAUGGAUGGUUCUGUCAUGCACAUGUUUUACAAUGAAUUUAUAUAUAUUAUAUGAAAUUUGUAUUUUCAAUUAACUCCUAUGCUUUUAGUUUGAGAUUUUCAUGAUGUGUAUGGGGAGGAACUAUAAUAAUUUAUUACUUAAUGGCAGUUUUUUUGUGUGUAUAGGUUUUUAUAAGAUUUUGAUAAAGUUAUUAUUGCUUUAUUUAUUAUUGUUAUUCAACUUACAUGCCGGCUUAGUUAUUUUUGGUUACAUCUGCAAGUACAACUGUAAAUGAUUACUAGUUAUGUUGGGAUGAAUCAAAUAGUGUACUGUAAACCGAUAAAUUUAUGUUGUAAAUCUUACCUCUAAUGUAAAGAUCAAGGAAAUGUAAAUUGUUAUCCCCACAUACCAGCAGGAUAAUAUUAUCAAUAUAACCUUUAAGGCAAGGGGAGGGCUCCUUUAUUGUACAAAAGGGAUUUUCUGCAAAGGUAGGUGUGCAUUUAAAGUAGAAAAGGAAACAAUUGGAGAUGUACAACAAAACAUUAGGUUAAGGAAGCAUUCCGGUUUGGAUAAGGCUAAAGUGUAUUGUGCUCAGUUGGUGAAUGGGCACCAGGAAAGUGCCUAUGAAACAGCACAAAAUGAUGCUGUGUUCACACUAUCUGAGUUUUAUUUCUCACCAUCAGAUUCCAUUUUUAAAAGGUAAGCUUAACAGGUACAGCUAUAAUUCUGGCUAUGCAGUAGAUUGUGGACAAAGUGAACUGCUACUAUUAGAAAAUAACGUGCCCAUAAAAGGACUUUGGUAUAGCAGUUCUGGAAUGGUUAGUGCUCUGCAGUGAUGGGUCAUGAGUUUACAGUACACAAAUACUUUUAGGGAAGGCAUGUAAAGUUAUGGCAUGUUAAUAGUACACUAUAUACAUAGUAUUCUUACAGCUGCAUGUAAUCUAAGUGUAUUGACAUUUAUUCAUAUCUACACUUACCAUUUCCUUGGAUUGAUUGACAGAUGAUUGAUCUCUGUAGGUUCUUGUCAUUCUGACUAUUCUUCAGGUGUAAAUUCAAGUCCUCAAAAUAAUCCUGGGGGCUCGCCGCAUUCAGGUACAUUUUAAAUUUGAUCCAAAAGGUUGUCUCAAUAUCCAACAGUUUGUCGCUUGGUGAUCUGAUCAGUUUUCUUUUGUGCUUUUCAGUGGGUACAUGUACAACUGUUGGUGACAGCCCUCCUGGGGUACAAACCUUUUAUGCUGAAAAGAGUAAGUUGACUCUUUUGAUUAUACACUGUAUUAUCAUAUCAAUGUACCCUUCACUGAAAAUAAUGUAGUUACAUUUUAAUAUUUAUUCAGCCACUUCCCCAAUGGUCAAGAAGACCAAAAUUCAGCAAGGAAACACACCCUACCACAUUCCACAGUUAUGACCAAUACAGUAGUGUAUGAAUGGCAAUUAAGCUGUGCACAUGCAACACUUAGGUUUAGUCGUACAUGUAUUAAUAUUAAAAAUAAAAACCUUACAAAUGUAGGUCUUUGCCACGUGUUACUCUGGUUUUUACUCUGCUUACUACUGUAAAAAAUUGUGAUAACAUAAGAAACUGGCCAUCAGAUAACCUGCAGAUUGGUACUGUGUGCUUCCAGACUACUACAGAGACAUAGAGUUAUAGCAACAGAGGAUGUAUCUCAGCAAAAUUUAUUCUAUUUUCAUGCACAGUUUUCUAAUGAAAAAAGGUUGAAGAUCAAAAGCAAUCAUUUAUAAGCUUAUAUUAAAUUUUGUGAAAAGCUCCAUAAUGAGUGUGUAAAUAUCCCACAGUGAAAACUCUAAGUUACGUCGGUUAAAUUAAUAUUGCCCGAGUACUUUUUUGCUCAAAUGGGACCUUAACAAGAGGUUUGAAAAACAAGUCUUGACCCUCGUUGAAUGUUAAAGAACAGCAGGAAUUUCAGUUGGGGACGUUGGGACUUCAACCUAGUAAUAGUCACAACAAAUGACUAAAAUGAAUAUUCGUUUGAAUCUCGACGCUGGUUGUAAGCCCCAUUAUGCUUUUUGUCUAUCAUCUAAGCGUUUAGAAAGACUGGAAAAACUCGCUAAAAAUAAAAAAGUAUUCAAAAAACACACCGAAGCUAUAUAACUGCAAGGCUGCCGAAUAAAUGAUCUCCUUCAAUGUUGGACUGUCUGUCUUAGCUUACUCACUGGACUUCGGCAUACCGGCUCUCAUUGCAAGAAAAUAUUUGCCUCUCACCUUUUACUUGACUUUUCCCCUCGACAACUGGAUAGGAGUGAAUACUUUCGGGCGUAAAAAUGCUUUAAUGCUUUAAAUUUUAGUACUUAAACAAAACAACAUAGUACUCUUCGCAUUAAUCGUGGAGCGAACAGCCGCGUCUCCUGUUCGCGCCUUUUUUCGCGCCGAUUACGGCUUUCGGGGGCUUUUUACUCGAAGAUGUUCCCAGGUUGCAAAAAGUCCUCGAGAAGAAAGUGUUGUUAUCUUUAUUACUAUUAAAAUUUGCAGUGCCAGUUAUAUAAUUUGUUGUUGUUGAUCACGAGGAAGGAUUGGAAACGAUUGGGACGCGCCCAUAAAACAAUAGGGUUCUCGAAAUUUACAGUGCGUCCGGGGCGCCUCAGUUUUAACCCCACCUGGAGGCACAACGAGCUCGCAUCGAAGAUCUAAGGGUGGUUAAGAUGGUGACAACUGGUAAUGCGGACAUUGCUUAUCAUCUGAACCUUAUAGAAUCUGCUCAAAGAAGGCCUGAUUUAGAGGAGGGCGAUGUGAUUGCCUUUGUGGCCAAUGCUAAGACUGGUCAAACGGAGAUUGAGAAGCUUACACAGGAAAACACUCAACGCGCUUUGAUGGCGGGAGUCAUCAGCCGGUCUGCUUACUUGUAUGCGCAUGCGCCAAGCCAUGACGUUGAAAAAGGUAAAACGUAGAAGCCUUCGUUUUCAUGUAACUUACAGCGGUACAUAGAAUGAUAAAAUAAACAGUAAAAGUGGAUUUCCACUGUCGCAUAAUUUUUCGAGCGUAAAUAAAAUAAAAGUGGUGAUACCAGUGCCGGAUCCAGACCUUGAUAUAAGGGGGGGCCGGUCAUCUAGACCCUGAGAUAAGGGGGGCACAGUCUUCAAAACAUUUUUUCGGCCCUACGGGCCUCAGUUUGGUCUAAAAAUAAGGGCGGGCCGGGCCCCCUCGGGCCCCGCCCGUAGAUCCGCCAGUGGAUACUUUACGGAAAGCCGCGCGUAAACGUAAAAUUUGAGCGUGAUUCAACGUCCUUUUACGUUUACGCGCGACCUUUCAUAAAUUCCCUCUUUAGUGUUUUAUAUUUUAUUUACAGCACGCCGUAAAUUUUACGCUCGUACACACGUAAAAAUUGCGCACCAGUGGUAAAACACUCUAAAACACCAAAGAUAUAGUAAAUUCCUGCAGUGAGGAGUCAAAUAGAAGAAGUCCUUAAAACUGUGUGGAUUUGAAAUUUGAAAUCGGUUGAAAUAUAAUGUCUGAUUGGUAAUUGACUUGUUUGAACUUAACAUCGUCAACAAACUGAUGCCAAGAGAGAUCAUUCUUUGUUGCCGGUGAAAAGUAUUACUUUUAAAUUUUUUUUCAACCUUCUUCGGUUGACAUGGUAUCGCGCCUUUUUAAACCCCCUUGGGGCACAAUUUAUUAAUAUUAAUAAAUCAUUGUUUUGAAUUGAGCUUUUCUAAGGGCCUGUUUACAUGGAGAUGGGGGACCCCAGGUAGGUGAAGUAACCCGCUUAGGUGGGUUAACCCGCCUGGCCAUAUAAUCUUUCAUUUUUAUUUAAUCACGUUUACAUGAGUAGGUGGGGUGACCCGCCACACGUUACCUCACCUACUUGGGGUCCCCCACCUGCAUGUAAACAGGCCCUAAAUUUGGGUCUCAAGAAUAAAUAAUUAAGUAAGUUACCAAGUCACUUAUUAUGAGCCAAUCCUGAAUGACAACUGAAAUUUGUAGCCCCCUGUCCAUCCAGACUCACUUCUUCCCGCACUCGUUUUUCUGAACGUUCAUAAAAAGAAGUUUACUUCCGAUGGCUUAACCAUUUCAGGAAGAACGGAAACAGUUUGUGUCAUUGGAAUCGUUAAAGUGAAGGUUCUUGGCACAGUCCAGAAUGGGGAGCGCAUCUAUGUAGCAUUAGACACUCCGGGAGUCGCUGUACCAGAGACUCAGAUCCCGUUACGUCCGAUGGCGGAUCGUUCACCAACGCUUCUUGGCCAAGCACUGGAGAGUCAGACAAGCUACCGUCUAGAUAGCGUUCACUUGGUGCGAUGCUUUGUAUCGAUAGUUCUGGGAAUUCAGUCUGGACAAAUUACCAGCGCCAUCGAUAAUCUCCAGGAAAGAAUACAGGGUUCUUUUCAGGAAGUCAUGAUUAAGGACAGGUCAAGAUGGCUCAAAGGUGAUUAAUAAGGAAUAAAAAGCUUAAGGGAGCAGCAAGGAUGGCACAGUUGGCUAGUGCGGCCUUUGGUGCGCGAGGUCCCGUGUCCUAUAGACCACUUUCAUAUAUCAUAUAUAAAUAUGACAAUUAGUCUUUCUGACUUCGUUUGAAAGUAAGAAAUCCUUUUGUAUUUUGCACAUGCUAACCAGGUCAGAAAGGCUAAUUAUCAUACAUAUAAAAUAAUAGAUUAAUAGGCCACCAUUGUGAAAGAGAUUUAUGCCCGCUGACACCACAUCCUUGUUUCAAAUUCUCUCCUUUCUGUGUAGCUUUAACUAACUUCAAAUACCCUUAAAUUCUAUCGACGUAAAAGAAGGUUGCUGCAGUUUUCAAAAACAAAAAAAAAAGUGGCCGAUCAAUAUGGAAGGGGUCCAGAGGGCCUUAGCCUGCCAGCAAGUUCUCAUAUUUGGGAGAGUGAAGCGAGUCUCUCGAGAACGCGCGAGUGAGCGACAAGGCUCACUUCGCUUGCCCAAAUAGGAUAGCUUUCUCGCAGGUUAAGAGGGCCUAAACUUGAAAAACACGGCUUCUUAACCACUAAGUGUGUGUGUGUGUUCAUAUGAAUAUUUCAAUUUUACUUGUGUUAAAGUUUACUAGAAACACGAGAGUGGCAAAACGAGGGUUUAGUUUGCUGCUUAAGUUCGGAUCCCUUCUAUAAAAAAAUCCUGGGUCCGUCUCUGAAAAAAGACUCCAAAGAAAAGAGCUUCAGCAGUUUUUCAACGAGUGCACAUUUUACCCCAACUGUGAGAAUAUGCUUAUGUUUAUGUUUAUGUUUUCAUUUUUUAAUAUUAUUCAUAUUUUUAUACCUUUUUGAAAUUCAAUUUUAAGUAGUAAAUUUUAACUUUCUGAUCACCAGUUCGGACUUGCUGUUCUGAAUAAACAUCAUCAUAAUUAUUAUCAUCAUCAUCAUCAUCAUCAUUGUCGGCAUAAUCAUCUUCAUUAUCAACAUCGUCAUCACUACAAUCAUCAUCACCAUCAUCAUCGUGCACUAAGCAAAUCUCCAUACAUUCGAUAAAUCCAGCGAGAAAAAGUCACAAGAAGCUCGAGGGUCAAGCGGAAGGCCACGGAAGAGGGUGAUUCAUACCUCCCAAUUAUUAUGUCAUAUCUUAGAGCAUUAAUUAUACUCUCUUGGUAAGAACUGAUAAUUCUGUCUGCUUUUCAAAGCUGCGUGCGUUGUUUCGUGAAUAUUGGUGUUAUUGAUUUAUUUUUCAGGCGUUGCGUGGAAGUUGGCGUUAUUUCUUGUCUUCGCUGGGAUGUUAGCUGCUCUCCUCUACAUAUUUUGUGCUCCUGGCACUAUCUACCAGUAUUGGAAGUGUAAGAAAGGAAGAAUCAAAGGCCAUACAGCUUACUUUGAAUACGUUACCUAUGAUCACCAGGUAAGUGCAAGCUGUUAGCAUACUGCAGUCGAAUCUCCAUGUGCGACCACUUCUCGUAAACGACCACCUUUAUAUGCAUAAGCGACCACUUAUCCAAAACACAAAAUAUUUCCCAGUCAAAGUGUUACAGCUGGAACCUCUCGCAAACGAGCUCCUCCUCUUAGGCUUCGCCGCCAAAUCUCACACGACUACUACACAAUACCGCCAGCUACACAGGCUAACCUCCUCUAAGCGACCGACCGUGACUCCUUUUGGGGGGCUUUGUAUUGCUUUUAAUCUCUUGUAAGCGACCACUGGAUGCAUGGUUUGAUGUCCAUGUCUGCUGUAUCUACAAUGUUGCUCAAAGUCCGAAGAACGUUUAGUGGCAAUAUGGAACUACACAGUGUAUAAUGUAUUGCAUGCAAUAAUUAAUCUUCCCCAAAGUAGACGAGUCCAAACCUCCACUCGGAAGAGUUCCCUGUGGUUAAAAUUUCGUAAGCAGUCUCUUCCCGUAAGCUACCGUCUAGGUGGUUGCUCACGAGAGAUUCAACUGCAUAUGGUGCUGUUACUGAUCAAACGUUACUGCAUGCAUGUUUGAUAUAUCGAUGAAACCAUUGUAUUCAUGACUGCGACAGCCUUUGCAACAAACUGUCAUAUGGUACCUGUGUAUAGCCGCUCCCGCUUAUCAAACAAUAAAACAAACAAGUGCAGGGUAUUUUAGGGCGAAACCUUGUUCGUGUCGUUAGCCGCCAUCUUUCAUUUAUGGCAGUGGAAGAUUGGUGCUCGGGAAGUUUCAACAUGGCCCAUAUAAAUUGGGAUUAGGUUAUAGUGUCGUUACCAUAUAUACAGUGUUGUUACCAUAUACGGGAUUAUAUUGAGUAGACUAGGAUUCUCGAAUGUGCGAGCACCUUGUCGUCAGAUCGGUGUAGUAAGCAUGGCGGGGGAAUAAACGUCGGUUGUUUUUACUCCGGACUCUUUAAUAUAAAGCACCUUUACAGGUUAGGGGGUGGUUGUGCACAAGCUAGUAUCAGCGCUUACUUUCAGAGUGAAUGGCUGUUAAUUCUUUACAGGAGCUUUUGGAUUCUUUAUGUCUAACAGCAAGUUCUUAUACCUUUAUUCAACUACAACAACACAAACAGCGCUAGCCUGCUACUGUAGACCCGGGGAGUGCUAGCCUUGAUAGACAGCCUUAAAAAUGGACAACUCUGCGUUCGAUGUAAUAGUUCGAUUGUCCUUGAUAAAAAAUUUGUGCUUUUUUUGAUUCAGUAUCCUAAAGUUUAUGGACUCGAAUUCACGUGGGAAAAAUUGAUGAAGAAGCUUCAUCUUCAGGGUUAUUGCCAGCCGUAUAAUGCAUCAGGUACGUGCAUAACUAAUUACUCACGUUCGCUGAAGUGGAACGCAGUCUUAAUUCUAUUUGUCAGAUGUUCUCUCUACGUAUGUACAAGCCAGUAAAAAUCCAGGGUUUUUAUCUCUGCAAUGGGCACUACCGAGUCUAUCUGCCCAGGAGAUUUUGCAAACGUCUAUGCUUAGCCAGGGACUCUCGGCGUGUAACCUCAGAUCCCCUAGGUACUCCCAUAUUAAAGCUGCAUCAGGGUAUGCCAAGGAAAAGGGUGUGGUUUUUGAGGUGUUCAUUCAACUAAAUUCUAUGUCAUCCUGGGCGUUAAAAUAGGAUAUAAAUUUUCAUUUACAUGACUUAUUCAAUAGGACCCAAGAGAAUGAGUGUCCGGGUUUAAUAACCUUCGUGACUCGUACCUAUCCUUAAUUGGCCAGUAUCUCCCUUAGACUUAGUGAAAUUAUGGCAUUUGCUGACAUCUUCAGUCUGAGAAAGCAAGGCAAAAUGCCUUCUUGACAAAAGUCAGCGUGUUCGUAUCCAGUUCGUUUAAAUUAGAGGAGAGAUAUUUACAUUGUUAUUCAUUUAAGAAUUUAAAAAAAUCCAUGAAUUUAGUCAAGGAGGUAUUUUUCAUCUCCUUCUUUUUGAAUAUCCCAACAGAUCCCAUAAUUUCACAAAUUCGUGUCAGGCUAUGUUCAAACUAUACUGGAUAGCUUUUGCGUCGGCGGCACGACAACUAUACCGGAUAGCUCUUGCGUCGGCGGCACGACAACUAAAGUGAAACCCCUCUAUAACGGAUACCCCGUUAUAACGAAAUACAUCUGAAUGCCUGGCGGAAUUACAUCACGUGGAAACGAACCCCGCUAUAACGAAUUGAUUUUGACGGUCCGAUCCCAACGCACAAUUUACCCCGCUGUAUAACGAAUAUUUUGUCCGGUCGCUCGCAGUAGUCAGUAAAAACGACAGAUUUGAGUAGAACGAAAUCACAGCUUGCUUUAAUUGAAAUUGUUUUUGAAUUUAAUGUCUUGAUUGUCAGCGCUUCACACUGACAGUUUACAGUGUCAAAUGAAUGAAAAUUACCCCGCUAUAACGAAUAUUUUUGCUGUUAACCAGAUAAUUCGUUAUAACGGGUUCUUCGCUCUAACGAACAAUUUUUUCGGUACCGUUGCACUUCCUUAUAGCGGGGUUCCACUAUAUACCGGAUAGGGAUACUGUUCACACAUUAGAAAGGUGAUUUCGGCGCGAUUUCUGCAACGGAGCGAAGCUCCGCCGCGCCGAUCUAGAAAAUGGAGAGUCACAUAUCGCAUAGGUUCCGCGCAGGAGUGAAGAAGUAGGAGCGAGGACUGGAAUGCACUGAGAACUAAGUAAAUCUUUAGGAGUGGGGACUGGGAUCUAGUUCACCAAUUGCUUCGGCAAGGUGUUCGAUGUGUGUGAACGACUUGUCCCAGUUUUGUGCCGUUGCUCUUUAUAACCACACUGAACGUUUCAUGUCGGCACUAAAAGUUAUCCGGUAUAGAGCGUUUUUACUCACGUGGCCACCAUCUAUGCAAAUUUAUUGGAACAAAAGAAAGGGUUUGCAUAAGAGAAGACUUCAGCUCCCAAAGGAUUGGUUUGGGACACCAACAUGGCCGCCGUUUCAUUGUUUUGGGACACCAAUAUGGCGGCCGUGACGUCAUGUGAAAACACUCUACCAUGUAGCAUGAAAAUUUUGCGGGAGUUUUAUUUUGCGGAUUGGCGAUUUUUUGUGGUUUGCGGGAACAAAUUUUUGCGGUUCGAGAUGACUGAAAUUUCUGGUGGGAACUAAUUUUUGCGAUUCUCUGUUCAAGUAGCAGAAUAUUUAAGUGGAAGAAACCUUAAUAUGGUAUUUUCAACUUUUAUUUUACGGUAUGUUGAGUCAAAGUUCACUCUACUUACAUAUUUAAUGGAGAAUAAUACGGUAAUCACUGUAAUAUCUUACUGCACAAAGGGACUGAACAACAGCAAAACAAAACAAAAGCCUAUCCCUACCAUACACAACAAGUCCAUUAAAAGCAGAGUUUUUAAUUCGACUGAAGGGAGUUAAUUUUUGCGGCGUUUUAUUUUGCGGGUUUUUUUUCUGCGGGAACUAAUUUUUGCUGAUGGAGGGCAAUCCGCAAAAUUCGCAAAAAUUAGAACCCGCAAAAUUUUCAUGGUACACGGUAUGUUGUGGACACAGCCUUAAUUAAUUUGGUCGUACAGUUUACUUCUUGAAAGACUUUUCUCUUUCUUAGACUUCUCUUUACAGGAAUGCAUUAUUAUCUCAACCUUGCCCGCUGUGCCUACUUUGAACAUAUUGUUUUGGAUCACAAUCCGCAAAUUCGUGGACCAGUGUUGUUUGCAGUGAAUCCGAAUUGCACUGAGGUGUAUUAUGUGGAGUGCGAUAUUCACAAAUGGACGCGGUACAAUUCGGCGCGAAACAUCAAAUGCAAGCCGCCACCAUCCCCUUGA